AUGUCUUUACACACGGAUUCGUUACUUAGAUUACCUCAACAUUUUCUGGAUUCUUUCUUUUCUUCUUUCUUUCAUCGUUCUUUCUUUCUUCAUAUAAAUAUAUUAUUUCUGCCGCCUCUGUUUUAUAGGCCCUUUCUUUCUUUUUUUUUCUUUUUUCUCUUUUCAUGCACAUAUUUUAUGUCUGUUGAUUUUUAUAACUUUCUUUUUUUCUUCUUCCUUUCUUUUACCUUCUGUCUUUUUUUUAUCUCUUUGUUUCUUCAUAUAUAUUUUUAUUUCGGUUGCCUGUUUUCUAUGUCUCUCCUUCCUUGCUUCCUUCCUUCCCUCUCUUUUCAUGCGUAUAUUUUACUUCUGUUGCCAUUUAUACCUUUCUUUUUCUUUCUCUCUCUUUUUCUUUCUCUCUCUUUUUCUUUCUCUCUCUUUUUCUUUCUCUCUCUUUUUCUUUCUUUCGCUUUCUUUUUUCUCUCUUUUCUUUCUUUCUUUCUUUCUUUCUCUCUUUUCUUUCUUUCUCUCUCUCUUCUUUCUUUCUUUCUCCAUUCUUUCUUUCUUUCUCUCUCUUUUCUUUCUUUCUCUCUAUAUUUUCUUUCUUUCUUUCUCUCUUCUUUCUUUCUUUCUUUCUCUAUCUUUUCUUUCUUUCUCUCUCUCUCUUUCUUUCUUUCUUUCUUUCUCUAUCUUUUCUUUCUUUCUCUAUCUUUUCUUUCUUUCUCUCUCUCUGUUCUUUCUUUCUCUCUCUCUCUUUUCUUUCUUUCUUUCUCUCUCUCUUUUCUUUCUCUUUUCAUGCGCAUAUUUUACUUCUUUUUCUCUUCUUUCGUUUUUCCUUUCUCCUAUUUUCUUUUUUUUUUCUUUCUGCUUAAAAGCUUUUUUUUCCAGACCUAUUUUUCUUUUUAUCUUUUUCGUCUUCCCUCCUUUCUUUCUUUCUUUCUUUCUUUCUAUAAUGCGACAAAUCUUCGUCUUUCACCCCAUACUAUAACUUCUUAA